AUGGCGCGCGCGCUCUCGCUCGCCGGCUCGCGUGGGAAGAAGCGGAAGUGGAAGGCGGAGGCGGCAAUGGCGGCGCCGGCGCCGGCGGCGACUGGCAUGGUGCGGGUGGAGAGGGUGGGGGGCAGGUCCGUGGUGACCACGUGCUUCGCCAAGUACCCUCUCAAGCUCAUCGCCCCCUCCAAGGUCGGCCCCACGUCCUCCGGCGCCGGCUGGCUCUACGCCAUCACCUACGGCGGCGGCAUCGUCUCCGGGGACGUCAUCUCCUUCGCGGUGGACGUCGGUGACGGGUGCACGGCGGCGAUGACCACGCAGGCCUCCACCAAGGUGUACAAGGCUGUGGAUUCAAAAUGUUCUGAGCAUGUUUUAGAGGCAAGAGUUGGAAAAGAUACACUCUUCGCACUUAUUCCAGAUCCUGUAACCUGAUUAUCAACAGCUCGAUACCACCAGAAGCAAGUCUUUCAUGUCUUUGCUGAUUCAAACUUGGUCGUCGUAGAUUGAUUUACAAGUGGUCGUUACGAGAGUGGAGAAAAAUGGAAUUUCAGCUUCUACAAGAGCAUCAACCAUAUUCUUCUGGAAGAUCAGCCUCUAUUUAUUGACUCGGUUUUAUUGUAGCAAAGCUCAAAUCUUAGUAUUGCUGACCGAAUGCAGGAAUACAAUGUGGUUGCAAUGGUCAUUUUGCUAGGGCCAAAGUUGAAGCACAUACAAGAGCAGAUGCAAGAUGAAGUAAAGAAGAUGAUGUCUGUACAACUGCGCCCUCCCACUUCUGUUGGAGGCCGUUAUUCUACAAGAUUACAACCUCUACACCCCCAGAGGCCUCCACUUAUCGCCUCUUGCAGUCCAUUCGGUCGCAUAGGUACUGGCAUGAUUGCUAGGAUAACAGCAGUGAGCACAGAGUCUGUGUACCUCUUCUUGAGACGUCAUCUGGCAGCACUGGGAUCAUUCCUUGGCACUUGCCCAUAUUCUGCAUCAUGA